CCUCAACAACCCAUUAAACGCCUAUAACUCUCUGGGAAAGUCAGUCGACCAUCCCAUUGAAAUUGUCGACAACAAUUCUCCCACAAUUUUACGCAUUUCACUGUCGUCGUCUGUUUGUCAGCGAUCGCUUACUUAUUUGCAUACUGAUCGUUUGUCUGUUUGUCCACUUUGUACAUACGGAGAUACAGCUGUACGUAGCACGAGUAGAGUCGUCUUAGUUCUCUGUGAGUUUAUUAUGAGUACUAAAUCAGUCGUCGGUCACAAAAUGUUUCGGUGUUUGUGUUAAUCUUAUGUUUGUAUUGUGUUUUGUUUACGUGUUUGUGUGUAUGUUCAAUUCCGUCCGUUUGAUUUACAAAACAAAAAGGAACAUAGAAAAUAAUUUAAAAUUAAAAUUUAAUUUUUAAAAACAUUUACAAGUUCAGAUUCGUUUGAGACGUGCGCGUGUACGGACGUUAAUUUCGUGUUUAAGUACAAUUCAAUCGUAACAAAAUUAAUGAAAUUAAAUACUUGUAACGAAGUGAAGUUGGGAGAUAUUUAUUAUAGCAAAGCGUUGGCUUGAAUUAAGUGAUUGCUGUAAAUAUUUAAGUGCAACAGUGUUUGUAAAUAUUUAUAGUUGGAAAAAUACUUAAAAAAUUGAAUUUUAAUUUCAUGAAGUAAUAAUAUAUGACUUGUAGUAUUAUAAACUAAAAGUUAUAACAAAUUAAUAAAGAAAAUGGCAUUCACAACCUCAGCUAAGGUCCUAUUCAGCUCUGCAGCUGCAAUAAUGAUCAUAUUUUGCAGUUUUAUGCCAUCAGUGAACGCCAUUCGUUGUCACCAGUGUAACUCCCAUCUGCAAGAGGACUGCACGGAAUUGCGUUUGAUAACACCGCGUGCCCCACGUGACGAGCAAUUCCUUACCGAAUGCGAAUCGCCCGAUAUGUUUUGCCGCAAGACGAUUACAAAAAUUCAAGUGAGCGGCGAAAAUCGCAUCAUACGCAGCUGUGGAUUGUUGGACAACAACAAAAACGAGAAGACGAAUUACUGCUUCGAUGCUGACAAUGAGGGAUAUAAACAGAGGAUCUGCACUUGCUAUGAGGAUGGCUGCAAUGCGGCACCAUCACGUCUCGGCAAUGCCAAUCACGUGACCAUGCUGAGUGCGACCGGUUUGUGCGUGUUGGUGGCGCGAUUCCUGCGGAUUAGUGCUUAGAUGGGAGAAAUUUCCGUACAAAUCCAUUCUGAUGUGUGUAUGUAUUUGCAACUUUGCAUCAAGUAUACUAGAUUACUGUAAAUUGCUGGAACUCUACGCUGCGUUGGAGAGUGGAGUGCUUGAAGCAUGAUAUGCAUGUUAAUGAAGUUGGCGAUGAAGUUGAAGAGUGCUACACUUUCUGUGGCAUUUCGAUGGUGAUGAUUUAUUUUAUUUGAUUGCUUUCAUUUAAUUUUUGUUUAAAUACCACUACACGAAUGCAAAAUGUAACUUAACGUGCAAACUUUUGGACUCGAUUUAUAAAAUUUCGUUUUAAAAGCAAAUAUAUGCAUACAUUUCUAGGUUAAGUUUUAAUGUACACAUAUUUUGAGAAAAUAUUUUUUAAAGAAUUAAUAUAUAAAUAAUAAUACAUUUUAUUUAGUAAAACAAAAAUAAAAACAUAUUCAAA